GUCGACUUCAGCUACGCUAUCCCCCGCUAUCCCCCACCCUGGUGUAGACCAGCCUUAGACAGCAUUGUCUGUUACCCCUGUCUUAGAUGAGGAUGGUUUGGUGAGUCUAUGGCUGCGAUAGGUGUUAGGACGCACCCUGACAGACAUAGCAAAAGUAUUUUCAGCUCACAUAAAACAGCAAAAGCAUCCAGAAAUAGGCUAUGGCUGUAGUUACAAGACAUGCUCUGUAUUUGUUUCCAAAGCUGUAUAGGAUGUUUUGGAGACAAGCCACCCGGCAGGCUGCUCCCUCUUCAUUCACCUGAUAGCUGAGGCAAUCAGAGCUUGCAGAGGAGAUCUGUGUUUAAGACAGCCCUGUGUCAUGGAGUCCCAGUCUCGGUGCUCUGGGACGGCUCUGAAUGAAGCCAGGCAGGACUCUAGUGUGGUGUCUCCCCCCUCGGGGCAUGCUCUCACCAGGGCAAGAAGCCUCCUCAGCUAAAGCACCUCCUGGGUCUGACAUUGGAGCGUGCAGCACCCCUGUUCACACCGUGAGCUCCCCACAGGGAGUGCAUCUGGUUGAGACACUUGGGGAAGACUUACAUGCCCCUCAAAGGGGCCGUGCACCCCAGCUCUGCAGUCAGCAGUGACUCUCAGCCAGUUUGGAAAACAGAAGGGUUUGUUAGUCAUUGGGAACAUAGCAUAGAACAGAGUUUGUUAGCACAGAAAUCAGGAUCAUUCAGCAAAGUUCGUCUUGGGGGGGAGCCAGAGCCCUGGACUCUCCCCGCUGAGUCCCAAACCAGCUGCCCAGCCUCAGUCACACCCAGCUGCCCUCCUGUGUGCUUUCUCUCUUUCCUGGGCAAACAGGUCACCUGGCAUCCCCCUCUCUCUUUGUUUUGCAACAUCUUUGCCUGGCUCCUUGCAGAGGACGGGUUCCGGAAACCACUUUUGAGAAUACAGAGUGUUCAGCUAUUGUCUGUGCCCAAGCAGCCAGUCUGCAGUCACCCCUGCCUUCUAGGGGUCUCCGCAAUGAUCACACACCCAUGUCCCACCACCCUGAUGCUUGAGGAACACAUUGGGGAAACUGAGGCACACACAGUAUUCCAAGAAAACAUUAAGAACGUUCCCACUUUGUCACACCCUGCGAUAUCAGUGGGCUGCUCAGUGCAAGAGCAUACUUGUGGCUGCUGUGUGGGGUGCGUUUGCUGACAACACUGACUGUAGCGUUGUAAAAGGAAGGAGACCCUGACGUUCUUCACAUCCGAUGAACCCAGGUGCUUCCACUACGUCUGUCCACAUUACAGAGACUGAAGUCUGGAUUCACAAUGGCACAUAGGCAUCCAAACCCCAGGCUAAACACAUAAAUCUGGGAUUGGGUGCCAACAUCUCAGUUUAGGCUCCACGGAGACGUACAAAACUCCUGAUGAACAUCCGAGGUGCCAAAGCUCCCUCAGCAGCAGCUAUAUUAUCAUGGCAGAGGAAUCACAUCUAGAUUUCGUUCCAGAUGGUCCCGUCUUCCAGGGGACAGGGAGGGGAAGUGGCUGUGAUGGAGCCAGCUCAGAUGCUGGUGACCUUCGAGGAGGUGGCUGUAUAUUUCACCCAGGGACAGGGGGCUCUGCUGGACCCUGCUCAGAGAGCCCUCUACAAGGAUGUCAUGCAAGAGAACUAUGAGAUGGUGACCUCGCUGGGGUUUCCUAUUCCCAAACCUGAGCUGAUCACCCUGCUAGAACGAGGGAAAGAGCCGUGGGUGCCCGAUCUCCAGGCCUCGGAGGAAAGAGAGAUCUCAAGAGGUGCCCGCCCAGCACAAUGACUCCUGUCUGGAUUGUCUCUCUCCCAGCAGGUGAUGAGCGAGGAAGUGAGGAGAAGGAGGGGAAUCAUCAUGAGCACAUUCCUGGGGAAGUGCAACCACAGGGGACGUUUGUGGGAAGAGCUGAAAGGAAU